UUGUAAUUAUUGUUAUAUGGUAUUCUUCAUAGACUUGCAGAUCAAAUGAGGAUGAUGAAUUUUCCACAGUGGUUUGAUCUACUGAAAGAUAUAUUUUCUAAUUUUAUUUUAUUUCUCAAGAGAAUUAAGGCAACACUAAAUGUUAUCAGAAGAGUGGUUCUCUUGGUUCUAGACAAGAACCAAAGGAGCAAGGAACUGGGUGAUACUUCUGCUCAGAAGAACUCUGCAAAGGACAGUACCAUAGACGCAGAACUGGUGUAUCUGGCGCAUGAGGGCAUGUUCAUAAGUGAUGCCUUCAGUGAAGGAGACCUCCCCUCUGCAGCAGCUUAUUCUGCCUCUCAGAGAAACCUUUCCCCAGACAGUGAGCCCAGCAGCAGCGACUCUGUAUCUGAGCCAGAAUGUACCACCGACUCCUCAUCUAGCAAGGAACAGACUUCGUCCAGCAUUACACCAGGUGGAAUUGACAUCAUGAUUGGUGAGGACAUAAAGCUCUCAGAACUGGAACUAGGUAGAUUAGCAAACAAUAUCCAGGACCUACUUUACAGUGCCUCUGAUAUUUGCCAUGAUCGUUCUGUCAAGUUCCUAAUGGCUAGAGCAAAAGAUGGGUUCCUGGAGAAAUUGAACUCUACAGAGUUUGUUGCUCUUUCGCGACUGAUGGAAACUUUCAUCUUGGAUACAGAACAAAUCUGUGGUAGGAAGAGUAUGUCAUUGCGUGGUGCACUUCAGAGUCAAGCUAACAGAUUUGUAAACAGAUUCCAUGAGGAAAGAAAGACCAAACUCAGCCUCCUGCUAGAUAACGAGCGCUGGAAGCAAGCUGAUGUUCCGGCAGAGUUUCAGGAUCUUGUGGAUUCUAUAUCAGAUGGCAGAAUUGCUUUACCAGAAAAAAAAACAGGAGCACCUGAAGAAAGAAAGCCAACUGACUUCCUUGUUGUUGAUGGACAAAAAUAUGCUGUAGUUGGGACAGUGUUGUUGUUAAUUAGAAUCAUCCUUGAAUACUGCCAGUGUGUGGACAGCAUCCCCUCAAUAGCUACUGACAUGCUUACCCGUCUGUCUGAUUUACUAAAGUAUUUCAACUCAAGAAGUUGUCAGCUAGUGCUUGGAGCAGGUGCCCUGCAAGUGGUUGGCUUGAAAACAAUAACUACAAAAAAUUUAGCCCUCUCAUCACGCUGCCUACAGCUCAUAGUGCACUACAUUCCUGUUAUCAGAGCUCACUUUGAAGCUCGCCUGCAACCCAAACAGUUCAGCAUGCUUAGGCAUUUUGACCACAUUACCAAGGAUUAUCAUGACCACAUAGCUGAAAUUUCAGCAAAGCUCGUAGCCAUAAUGGAUAGCUUAUUUGACAAGCUGCUUUCUAAGUAUGAGGUGAAAGCACCUGUUCCUUCCACCUGCUUCAGGAAUAUUUGUAAACAGAUGGCCAAGAUGCAUGAAGCAAUAUAUGACCUUCUUCCUGAGGAGCAAACACAGAUGUUGUUUUUAAGAAUUAAUGCAAGCUACAAACUUCACUUGAAGAGGCAAUUGGCCCACUUAAAUGUAAUCAAUGACGGAGGACCUCAAAAUGGAUUGGUUACAGCAGAUGUAGCUUUUUACACUGGAAAUCUCCAAGCUUUGAAAGGGCUUCAAACCCUAGACUUGAACAUGGCUGAAAUCUGGGAACAGAAGAGGUGAUAGUCCAGCAGAGCAGAAUUGCCUCUUGGCAUGGGAUGGUUUCUUCUUUGUAGAAGAUGAAUUACUGGAACAUAGAAGAGGAAGCUCCCUUGUGAUGUGGUGAAAACCAACUAUGGGAAUGACUUUGAUAGUUCUUUUGCAAGAAAAGUGAUCAGUUCUCUGUGCAAUUUCUUCAUUCUUUCUGGAACGAGGCUCAGGUUUCUUUGGACCAAAUCCAAAAGAAUAUAUAGCUGUAACACAGCUGUAGUUUUCUAGAGAGUGCUCUGUAAAUCUUUAUAUUAAAAAGAUGCUUUGCAUUUCCUCUAGUGCAAUGAAAUUCA